AUGGCAAAUUACGCACAAAAAGUAAUUAUCGAUGCAAUAAAGGGAGCAAAAUGUUAUUCCAUUUUAUUGGAUUGUACACCGGAUGUGAGCCAUCAAGAGCAAUUAUCGGUUGUUCUUCGUUGUGUCAACAUAACAGACGAGAAGGUUGAAAUCCAGGAACAUUUUAUCAAAUUUGAAAUAGUUCACAAUACAACAGGAAGAGGACUAUCUGAAACUAUGCUCAUUCUGGAUCAGUGGGGCAUAAAAAUAUCUGACUAUCGCGGACACGGAUAUGGUAACGGUGUCAAUAUGAGGGGAAUAUAUCGAGGAGUGCAAGCAAAUGUAUUAUGCGUAAAUCCUAAAGCACUUUACAUACCAUGUGGUAGUCACAACUUGAAUUUGUUAUUGGGAGAUGGAGCAAAAUCAUCAACCCAAACACUACGUCUUUUUGGUAUUUUACAAAAGAUUUACACGAUAUUUGCAGCAUCGACAUCGCGUUGGGAUGUUCUACAAAAACACGUUGAAAAAAUUACACUUAAACCAUUGUCAGAUACUAAGUGGGAAUGCUGUUUUGAUAGUGUAAAGGUUAUUCGAUUUCAUGUUCGUCAAUUUCGAAACGCCUUGAUCGAAAUUGCCGACAAUGCAUCUGACAAUGAAUUGAAAAUUGAGAUUUUGUCUAUAGUGCGCAAAAUAAAUGAAUUUGAAUUUAUUGCCAGUCUUAUCAUUUGA